AUGUUUUCAAGGCACAUUUCCUCAAUAUCUGGAUAUCACAUGUUGCAAGUAAUGAGGUUUGCUGUUGAGGAGAUCAAUAAUUCUACAACUCUUCUGCCUAAUGUUUCUCUGGGCUAUGAAAUUUUUGACUAUUGUUCUAAUACAAAAAAUUUCAAUUCAGCCUUAAGUUUCAUCUCAAAAAAUGGCUCAAUAAAACCUAAAGAAAAACUCAACAACUAUCAGCCUAAAGUGAUUGCUUUAACAGGACCAUAUGGAAGUACAAGAACUAUGACUAUUGCACCACUGUUCACAAUGGACCUUAUACCAAUGGUGAAUUAUGGAGCUUCUACCUCUGUGUUAAGCAAUAAACUUCAGUAUCCUUCUUUUGUAAGAACAAUGCCCAGCAACAAGGACCUGAUAGAGAUGAUUAUUCACAUCAUACGGUGGUUUGGAUGGAACUGGGUUGCAUUUAUUGGUAGCCAAGAUGAUUACAGUUCAGAUGGACUAAAGCUGUUUAACAAGUAUAUAAACAAUACUGGCAUUUGUUUGGCCUAUCAAGAGUGUCUAAGUUCAAACGCAAACUACAGUCUAACGCUUAAAAAGAUUGAUAUGCUCAACAUCAAUGUCAUUGUUGUUUUUGCUUGGCCACAAUAUGCAAGCAAAUUCAUCAAAGCAGCCAUAGCAAACAACAUCCAACACAAAGUAUGGAUUUCAAGCAAUGCAUGGUCUAUGAAUAAACAGCUUCCAAAAGAGCCAGGAAUUGCAAAAAUUGGCACAAUCAUUGGCAUUGCAGAGAGACUGUUGUCAUUGCCCGGAUUUAAUGAAUUUGUCUAUAAAUCCAGAGGAACAACUGGUGCUGGUCUUAAUGAUUCUGAGGGUGCAAUCAAGAGGAAGAAAUGUAAUCAAGUUUGUGAUUACUGCUCAUUGUUGACCGCAGAGGAGAUUAUAAAUGAAAAUCCCACACUCUCCUUUUCCAUCUAUUCUGCCAUAUAUACCAUAGCUCAUGCAUUACAUAAAGUUCUGCAGUGUGACAUGAACAAAUGCCACAAAAAUAUAAUGGUCAAGCCAUACAUGCUUCUGGAGGAGAUAAAGAAGUUGGAUUUUUCCCUCAGUGGCCGUCAGGUGAAAUACGAUAAAAAUUAUGAUCCGACCAUCAGUUAUGCAGUUGUGCUCUGGCGCACUGAUGUGAAUCCUCCACAGUUUGUGAUGGUGGGAAAAUAUGAGAAACUUCCAAAAAUUGCUUUUACCAUUGAUAACUCCCUCCUUCCCUGGCAUAACAAUGGUUCAGUUCCGUUCUCAAACUGCUCUGUUGAGUGUGAGGCGGGAUAUUCGAGGCAACCUGAAGGUUUUCAUUGUUGCUGUUUUUCGUGUGAAAAAUGUCGACCUAACACCUAUGUGAAUUUUUCUCGUAAGUACCUUAGACGGCUGACAAUGACAACGUGGGAUUUAAAGGGAUAG